AUGUCGCUACAAAACAUCUCCAAAUCUGCCGUGCGCGUCGGCAAAAACUACAUCAAGGGCUACUCGGACGUCCAGGUCAAGGUGCGCGAUGCCACCUCCAACGACCCUUGGGGCCCGAGCGGCACACAGAUGAACGAGCUGGCGCAGCUCAGCUACAACCAGAACGAGUUUAUCGAGAUGAUGGAGAUCCUCGACAAGCGUCUCAACGACAAGGGCAAGAACUGGAGGCACGUCUUCAAGUCGCUCACCCUGCUCGACUACCUGCUCCACGCCGGCUCGGAAAACGUCGUCAUCUACUUCCGCGACAACAUCUACAUCGUCAAGACGCUCAAAGAGUUCCAGUACAUCGACGAAACCGGUAAGGACCAGGGCGCCAACGUGCGCCAGAAGGCAAAGGACAUCACCAACCUGCUCCAGGAUGAGGCGCGUCUGCGCGACGAGCGUCGCUCGCGUUCGCACAUGCGCGACCGCAUGUCCAACGGCGCGGGCGACGACGACGACGAAGCGAGGAGGAGGCGUGCCGAGCAGGAGCGUCGUCGUCGGCCCAACAACAACGAGGACGACGAGCUGCGCCGGGCGAUCGAGGAGUCGAAGCGCAUGGCGCAGCAGGAGCAGGACCGCAUCCGCGCCGAGGCCAAGGACGAGGAGGAGCUGCAGCGUGCGCUGGCGCUCUCCAAAAAGGAGGAGGAGGAGCGCAUCAAGGCGCUCGAAGACGCCAACAAGAACGCGCUGUUCGAUGACUCGAUCAACCUCGACGGCGCCAACGCUUAUACCCAGAACCAGCAGGUCGACUUCUUCGGCAACCCGCUCGUCGAUACCUCGGGCUCCCAGAACUACGGCGUGCAGCCCCAGUACACGUCGUUCAACCCGUACAUGCAGAUGCAGCCCACGGGCUACAACCCCUUCAUGCAGAACCAGCUGCAGCAGCAGGAGCUUAUGCAGCAGCAGUACAUGCAGCAGCAGCAGGCCGAGUAUCAGCGUCAGCUCGAGCUGCAGCAGGCGGCGGUGCAGUACCAGAACCUCAUGACGCAGCACCAGCAGCCGCUCGUACCUCAGCAGACGUCGUUCGGAUCCAACAAUCCCUGGCUCCAGUCCGGUGGCCAGCAGCAGCAGCAGCAGCAGCAGCAUAACGUUCCUGUGGGCGACUUGUUCUCGUCUGCACCUACGCCUCCUCCUGUGCAGCCGACUCCACAGCCGCAGCCUGCCUCGCCUGCACCGGCGCCGCAGCAGCAGCAGCAGAACCGACCUAUCCGCGCCAAGCAGCAGCAGCAGAACCGACCUAUCCGCGCCAAGGUGAACGACGACGCCAAGUUCGGCGAGCUCAACAGGCUGUUGGCGCUCGGCGAUGGCGUGGACACUUUUGGCAAUACGGGCGAUAUGCGCAUGGGUCCCAACAUUGCCCACUACAACCAGAUGCGCACGCAGAAGACGGGCAUUAACUUUAACGCCAACACCAGCGCGCAGGGUCAGGGCCAGGAUCAGGGCGCAAGUGGAGGCGCGAGCGACAGCAACCCCUUCUUCAAGGUCUAG